AAAAGAUCCCAUCUCGCAGCAUGGCGACGACGACCAGCAGCAGCACGAUCGCGCGGCUAGAGGCGCAGGCGCGGGACCCGGUCGAGGCCAUCCGCAUGCGACUCAAGGACGCGAGCGACGUCGUCAACACGCAGCAGCUCGCAGAGAUCAAGUACGACUACCUCCAGAAGGACGAGAGCACGAAAGGGCAGCUCGGCGGCUUUGUCCAAGCGCAGAUCGACGAGAUCGAGCGCGCGUCGGCGUUGCUCGACUGCGACGAGCCGCUCGAGGAUGUGACGUCGUCGCUCAAAGAGAUGGGCGCGAACUGCCAGCGCAUGCGCAAGGAGCUCGGCGACGAAGGCGUCGCGUCCGAGGUCAGCAUCGCGCGGCGCAACCUCAAGGAGCUCCAGAGCCAGCUCACGCUCUACGAAGAGCUGCCGCGCAAGCUCGACGAGCUCCAGUACACGGUGCAGACGAGCCUCGGUGAGCUCCUACCAGUGUUUACCAAGUGGUAUGCCUGCGACGAGUGGCGCCAAAAGAUGCUCCACCAGCUCCACGCGUCGCAGCACGACAACCAAGACGACAUGUUCUCGAGCAAGCACGUACCCAAGGCGCUGGCAGCGAUCCAGUCGCGCAUCGAUGGCGUCGAAAAGUUGGGCCAAACGAUCUUGAACGGCGCGUGGACCAUUGUCAUCAACUGCAUCGAAAUGGUUCAAUUCGACAAGAAGCGGCUUCUCGAUGCAUUUCAGCUGCUGGACGUGCUUGAAAAACGCCGACGCAAGCGCAUCGACGCCGGUAAAGUCUACUUGACGAAUACGCUCGCGGCCGUGCCCGAAGAAGCCAUGCCGUCGUUCUAUGUCCUCUGCCGCGACCAGCUCGAGACGUCGCUCAAGACCCGUGUGUUUGACAUGUUUGCUGCGAUAGCCAAGGACAAGCCCUUCAACGAGGCGUUCAACGGGAUGCUUCAAGCAGCCUCGAGCCUCGUCCUCGACUUUGAGAGUGUCGACCGCGACGUCGCUGGAUGCUUUCCGCCACAGCUUGAUGCUGUUCAAGUGUUUGCCGAUGGCUACAACGCUGCACUCGAGGAACACUUGACCAAGAUUUGCUCAAAAACCGAUCUUGGCGUCGGCCAAAAGCUCCAGCUCAUUCAAUGGGUCGACUACUUCAACACCGAAGUUGGCAAGUACAAGCAAGCGACGCCGUCGCAGAUCCUCGACAACACGGCGAGUCUCAUGAUGAAGUUGUACCUGGAAGGCAUUUCUGACCAAGUGUCGACGUGGGUGACCAACAUUUACAACCGCGACGAAGAGACGAUCGUGGGGCCGGCCGGCGAACUGCACUCGACGCGUCCCAACGACAUAAUGAAUAUUCUCAGCUCCCAAGUGUCGAUCGCCCAAGAAUGGCUCGGCGGCCUCCUCUUGGCCAAAGUUGUCGGGACAUGCCUGUCGGCACUCAUGCGGCAGCUCUCGGCGCGCAAGGACUAUUUUGCAGCACAUCUCGCCAACACGGACAUCGAAGCGCUCUGCUCGUUCAUCAACGACACGGACGUUCUCCAGUCCAAGUGCUUGGAAUUGGUUGACGGUAUCGCUUUUCCCGGUGCCGCCGACCCAAACGAAGAGAAGCAAAAGCUCCAGACAGGUCUCGGGGACCUCUUGGACGCGACGUCGGCCGACAUCGUCCAGCUCGCGGUCGAUGUGUGCAGCUUGGUGGUCUCCAAGAUCUUUGCCGACCUUGAAGCGGAGACCACAGCGCACUGGCUCGGGAAAAAGUGGGACGACGACGAGCCCGUGGUUGCCAACUUGCUGGCGACCAUUGAAGACUACGGCGCGGACAUUCGCCAGUGGAUUAGCAGCUCGUUCUUCAACGCCCGCGUGUUGCGUCUGGCGUUGGACCGCUGCGUGGAAGAAUAUACCAAGCGCUUUCUUGCGCGCACGGCGCCGUUCAAUUGCGAUAUCGCGGCAAGUCGCGUGCAGACCGAUACGACGAAUCUGCGAACGUUCUUUUCAAAAUACGAGAGCGAGAUGCGUCGAAGCGGCCUUCGAUCGGACGACGAUUGGGCCAAAUGCCUCGAGAGCAUGACCUUGCUGUACGACAUCUUGACCAAAAAAGCGACGCUCGACGAUCUGCACGCGCAGCUCAAAGAGAUCGAGCUCCAAGGGAUCUUGGACGAGGCCAGUGCAAAGCGGGUCGACCGCAUGAAGCAACUCAUCGCUUGCGUCAAGCGCACGGUCGUGCCUGCUCAUGAAGCCAAGAAGAAAGCUGACAAAAAAGCAGAGAAGAAAGCCGAGAAAAAGGUCGACAAGCCCAAAAAGACUUUUUUCAAAAAGGACAAGGGCGUCACGGCGCCCGUUGCCGCCUCCGCACCCAUCGAUGACGACGUCGCGUCCUCGAGCGAAUUCCAGGUCAAAACCGCAAGCCUCGAGGCGUUCUUGGGGCAAUAGCGUCGGGCCCUUGGACAGAAUACACGUGCAUCUGAUUGUACUCGAUACACGCUAUCUCCCUCGACACUGUGGCU